UCGAUUUGUUUAUUUAUUUAUUUAUAAACAUUUACUGACUAAAAUUAAUAUUUAAAUUCAAUGAGUUCUAAUUUACAAUAAUGGCUGCUCAAGACCGUAAUGUCUGCUGCGGCUGCCUCAGUGCGGACCGAAAAAUGUUAGCACUUGAAGACUUUUGGACGAAGCAGUGUUUUCUUGAAAUUUUACGAGAAAUUCCGGUAUAUAAACCAGAGGAGCAUGUGCCAGAGUGGUUGUGUUGGGAGUGCGAGGCGCUGCUGCGGCGCUUCACGAAGUUUAAACAGCAAGUUUCACAUAGCUUUACUAUGUUGCGGACAUAUGAUUUGCAGAAACUUGACAUGAAACUCCCAUACCUCAAACCAAAAUUAACCAUUCACAAGCUUACCAACAUAAAUGUUCCCGAAAUCACUCCUGAACCAGAGACAGACAUAGAGUUACCAAUAACAAAUGAAUAUGAAACCACUGACGUGCCUCAAGAUGAUAUCAAACUCGAAACGGAUCAAAUCAAGUCCGAAAUUGACUCGCAUUCAGACAAUGAUGAUUUACUUAUAAACUACGUACAGAAAAAGAAGAAGGUUAAGAAAAAGAGAAAGAAACCUGAAUUGUUUAGAGAGAUAGAACUGACGGAGACGGAGAUAGAGGGAGAGAGACGGGAGAUGGAGUUGAGCUUUGAGUAUGUGCAUGCCAUGUUCCGGUGCGAGAAGUGUAUAGUGUCCUUUCCUAAUGCGGAGAUGAUGAAAGAGCAUGAGUCUGUGAAACAUGAGCUGAACGCGGCUCGCCACAGAUGUCCAAUAUGCACCUGCUCCUUUGUGUCUGAGAUCUCGUACAACUACCACGCGAACAAACACAGGCGGCGCUACGAGUGUUGUGUUUGCCAGGCGCGCUCGCGCAGCAAGCGGGCUGCGCAGAAACACUAUACUACCACUCAUGGAAUUGAACGAAGUCCAGAGAAAGCUCAGGUUGAGGAUGUUUCAAUCACUAAUACAAACGGUGUAAAGUCUGAAGACACGUUCCCUUGCGAGCUGUGCGCCAAGACGUUCAAAUGGAAAACGUCAUUAAGGAAGCAUUUGGAGACGCAUCGCAUAGAGGCCGGGCAGAAGCGGCGGCCGUACUGCGAGCCAUGCAAAAUGUCGUUCACCACCACUUCCAACCUUCAGAAGCACGUCAAGACCAGCUCCAAACACCAGAUCCAGUUGAAACUUAGAAAGCUAGAAGACACUGUACCAGAAGAGUCAACGAGUCCAGAGAAGCAGCUCGCUCUGCUAGAAGAGAUCAAGUGUUCGGUGGCGGCGGCGCGCCAGCUCUACCCGUGCGCGCACUGCGGCCGCCGCUUCCAGUGGCGCGGCAACCUGCUGCGACACAUGCAGAGCCACGCUGCCAGGGCCAACGGCGAGCUAGUGUGCACGCCGUGCAACCGGACGUUCUCGUCGGUGGCCACGUACAAGCAGCACAUGCGGCUGUCUCGAGCACACGUCUCCGAACAGGAUUUCCCGCACGCGUGCGACGAGUGCGGACGGCGCUUCGCCAACAAGACGCGGCUCCAGGACCACAUCGACUGGGACCACAGGAGACACUUCGCGCAUCACUGUACACAGUGCCAGAAGGUAUUCAAAAGCCACACGUCGCUGUACCUGCACAAGCAGGUGGUACAUAAGAAGGAGCACGCCGAACAUCUCUGUGACCACUGCGGGAAACCUUUCCCGAACCACGCGAAGCUCCGCAGCCACAUAAUAGCGCUCCACACGUCCGAGUCCCCCUACAAGUGCACCUCUUGCGCGGCGCGGUUCAGCUGGCACUCGUGUCUAUCGCGCCAUGUACGCAGAGUGCACAAGCGCAAGUGAUGUCUCUACACUUGCACAAGUGACGCAAGUGUCUUGCGCGGCCCGGUUCAGCUGGCACUCGUGUCUAUCGCGCCAUGUACGCAGAGUGCACAAGCGCAAGUGAUGUCUCUACCGACACUUGAGCGCAAGUGACGCAAGUGUCUUGCGCGGCUAGGUUACGCUGGCACUCAUGUCUCAUGCCAUGUAUGCAGUGCAGCGCAAGUGAUGUCUCUACACUUGCACAAGUGACGCAAGUGUCUUGCGCGGCCCGGUUCAGCUGGCACUCGUGUCUAUCGCGCCAUGUACGCAGAGUUCACAAGCGCAAGUGAUGUCUCUACACUUGCACAAGUGACGCAAGUAACGCAAGUGUCUUGCGCGGCCCGGUUCAGCUGGCACUCGUGUCUAUCGCGCCAUGUACGCAGAGUGCACAAGCGCAAGUGAUGUCUCUACCGACACAUGAGUGCAAGUGACGCAAGUGUCUUGCGUGGCUAGGUUACCGGUUACCGGUUCAGCUGGCACUCGUGUCUAUCGCGCCAUGUACGCAGAGUGCACAAGCGCAAGUGAUGUCUCUACCUGUCACAUGAGUGCAAGUGACGCAAGUGUCUUGCGCGGCUAGGUUACGCGGCACUCGUGUCUAUCGCGCCAUAUACGCAAAGUUCACAAGCGCAAGUGAUGUCUCUACACUUGCACAAGUGACGCAAGUGUCUUGCGCGGCUAGGUUACGCUGGCACUCAUGUCUCACGCCAUGUACGCAGAGUUCACAAGCGCAAGUGAUGUCACUACAGUCCGUGCAAGUGAGGUCAGUGCGCAAGUCAGUACAAAUAAUCAAAAACCGGGCAAGUGCGAGUCGGACUCGCGCACACGGAGGGUUCCGUACACUAAUGCAAAAAAAAAGAAAACGGUCACCCAUCCAAGUACUGACCACUCCCGACGUUGCUUAACUUUGGUCAAAAAUCACGUUUGUUGUAUGGGAGCCCCAUUUAAAUCUUUAUUUUAUUCUGUUUUUAGUAUUUGUUGUUAUAGCGGCAACAGAAAUACAUCAUCUGUGAAAAUUUCAACUGUCUAGCUAUCACGGUUCGUGAGAUACAGCCUGGUGACAGACAGACGGAAGGACGGACGGACGGACGGACGGACGGACGGACAGCGAAGUCUUAGUAAUAGGGUCCCGUUUUACCCUUUGGGUACGGAACCCUAAAAAAGACCACCUUGGCCGCUUCUAUAAUUAUGUCAGUCAUAUUAAACCAUGGUCAGUAUUAUUUAUACAAUUUAUAGUCAUUAUAUUCCUAGUAUACAUAAUUUAAGGAUUUUAGCUUUGAGUAUACAUAUAAAAUUAAUAAAUGAAAUAAUUUUAUUAAUUUUCUCAAUAUUCUA